GAAAGAUUCUCCAAGAUUCCGGACUACUGCCAUGAUCACGGCGAGAGAAAACAGCUCCAAAAUGACGUCCUCAUCGACUUUACUCUCAUACUUAUUUUGACUGGGUUUGUCAACCAGCCCAGCUGUUGUUUUCGAAAACUUGUUUUGUCCCUUCACUUCCACCAGUGGCAGGGAAACCCACUGACAUGUGUUGACAAGGCUUUCCCAGAGAAGGAUUUCACGCACUAAAUCAAAGAAGCAAAGGCGUAUUUUCACUCGGAUUCUCCUUUAAAUAGGAGAAAUUCAAGUUUGAACAUUCUUCCUUGUUUAUGAUUCAUACGUGCCAGUUAUUUUGUCCGUUUCACUCGCGUGCAAAGUAUUCCACAUGUAUGCGGCACGAGUCGAACCCAAAAAACGUGAGUCAGUCACCUUUUAAUGAAAGAUACAAGUGACUCGUGCCGCAACAAACAAAUUCCCCACGUGAGGUGAUAACAAUAGUGCGCCAGUUUCAACCAAUCCUGAUCAUUGGUAAGGCUUCCACAGAUGAGGCAUCGCCGGUAAACCGUCUGUUUACACGUGAAAUACGGUAAAUUAUUUGGUUCUGACUCUAUCACUCUCCGAACGUUUGGUUGCAAGCACUGGUUUAUGAGGGAGAUCUUCUGUUCAAAGCGUUCUUCAUUUAGGGGAAUGUAGCAGUUACAGCAGUUUCGUCUAGUACUCGAGGUUAGAAAAAUAAAUUCCCACAGACGACAGUGCUAGUGACUAGCCUACCCCAACGAUUAAACUAAGUUGUCUAACGCUAUAAAGCUUAAUUUGCUUUCAUCUUUUCCUCAGAGAAAAUACAGUUGAAAUUCAACGGAAAAACAAUGAGUGGAAACUUUUUGAAGAAUUUCAUGGACUUGGAUGAGUUUUUGGCCGUGAAGGAUUUGUGCACUGGCCUCUCUCGAACCGAGAGCGACUAUGCCGAAGAUGAAGUUGAGCAAGACCUUGCUAACUUCAUCGACGAGGAAGAUAUUCCUUCGGACUGCAGUUUGUCCCAGUUCGACAGCAGCAGCACUCCGUUAGCUACACCUACAAUUUGCGGUGGAAACAACUCUGACACUGACGAAGGUCGAGGCGAAAGUAUCUGCAGCUCUGAGAAUAUCGCUGCUUGCAGUUCUAGUGAAUCGAUGUCUUCGAUGAAUUCUAAUGAAAAUUACAAGUCACCGCGAAGGAAACGAAAAGUAAAGCACGUUAAUAACACGGAAAAGGCAACACCAAAAAAGAGAAGAAGAAAAACUGCGGAAAGUGCAAAGAAAUCGACGGCUGAAAAAACCGACGGAGAAAGUACCACGCGAUCAAGAAAUGACAGGAAAUCCGUCGACGAAGAUGUUAAGGAUGACAAAUACUGGGAGAGACGGCGAAAAAAUAAUCAAGCUGCAAAAAGGUCACGAGAUCUGAAAAGACUCAGGGAAAUGAACGUAAAACAGAGGGCCGAUUCCUUGGAAGAGGAAAAUAGACAGUUACGGGAAGAAGUUAAAAAACUGAAAGAAUACCUCAAAACACUUGACGAAAAGGUCGAAAACUCAUCAUAAGAGCAAAAACAUAACUGCUUGGUGUAAAGAAAGUUUGGAGCAAAUAAGUGUGCAACUGUAAAUAUUUAAUUAACUUGUAGGGCUGACCGCAAAUAAUGAAAUAGGAGCCCACCCCCUUGCUUUAAAAGCAAUUUAGCACCCAUCACAAGGAAAACAUUUGCCCCCAGAGUCCGUGCGUUCCCCUGGAGUAAAAAUUUGAUAACCAACCCCCCUAAAAUUUUCUAUACAGUGUGUCUCAUUGGUUCACCCAAAAGAUUUAUUUCACAAAGUUCUGCUGUCCAAGGAAAAAAAAGUAAUAAUAAUCUUUUCCCCAUGGGAAGUUUCUCAACACUUUAUACAGUAAAAAACAUAUAUCAC